AAGGCAUCAGAACCACCCAAGUACAAGGGCAACAAAGGCUCGGACAUCACUCUCGAACAAUGGUUACAGAAGAUGGGCCUUUGGUUCCGCGUCCAGAACAUCACCACGGACGAUGACAAGAUUACCCUGGCCCUCAUGUACUUGGAAGGUGGCGCGCACGACUACGUCGAGACAGCAUCGAACGGCGGAACCCUUGGAUCAUGGACCGACUUCGUCAACCGACUUAAAGCAGGCUACCGUCAACUGGCUCCCAAGAAAACCGCACAA